ACUAUUCUCGAUUUACGUGUGUUUUUUGUGAGAGAAAACACUGUAGCGAGCUACGAACCAUGAUCCGAAUUAUGGCUACUUCAAAUGGAAAGAAAUCAAGACCUGCUAUUUCAAAUCCCCAAAAGACUCCUCAAGCAUCAAGAAAUAAAUCUAUAAACACCUCUGGAUCUCACUCGGUAGCACAACCGAAGAAUUCAAAACAAAAAGAGAGUAUGAAUAGUACUAUUGAGAUGCUUAAAUCCUUAAAAGUGGUGUACAAGUAUGCUACUGAUUAUAUGACAAUAGCACAGACUUUUGAGAUCCCAAUGCCUGCCGAUAUCCUAGGUCAUGAGCAUAAUCAAAUUAUUUUGCAAGAGGACAUUAUUCAAUUUGGUGCAAUGGUACCUUUUGUCAAGAUUGUGUGA